AGUUAGUGGUAGGAGAGUGAGGUUCACGAUGACGAGGAGUUUCUCCCAUAUUUGUAGUUGAAUAAUAUUUGUGAAUUGCGGAUCACCACAGGACCAUUUCCUUCUUCUCUCUUUACCUCUCUUAGUUUCCUUCUUGGGUGUGGUGUGGUGCGGUGGUGGUUCUCGUGAAGCUGCCGUUGAUGUCUUUGGGCAAGCAUGGGUUUUGAUCACAAAGACAAUAAGGAAGAUGUUGCCGUCGGGAAAACGGUUCACGAAGAUGAAAGUGGCGACGAACGAGGCACCAUCAGUAGACACGUGAGUGAAGGUUCCAUCGCUGUCACCGAGGAGGAAGAUGAGGACGUCGAGAGAAGGAUUGAAUUGGGUCCUCAGUGCACUUUGAAGGAGCAACUCGAAAAGGAUAAGGAUGAUGAGAGCUUGAGGAGGUGGAAGGAACAGCUUCUUGGCAGUGUUGACAUGAAUUCUGUUGGUGAAUCUCUGGAGCCAGAAGUGAAGAUCCUGAGCCUUGCAAUCAAGGCAGCUGGUAGAGAAGACAUUGUUCUUCCAAUACCAGAGUCAGGAAAUCCCGAAGGUUUAUGGUUUACUUUGAAAGAAGGUAGCCGUUACAGUCUCAUGUUCACUUUCCAGGUCAGCCAUAAUAUCGUUUCAGGUCUCAAAUACACAAACACUGUAUGGAAAACUGGUAUCAAGGUUGACAGCACUAAAGAGAUGAUUGGAACAUUCAGCCCUCAAGCAGAACCUUACACACAUGAGAUGCCCGAAGAGACAACACCAUCUGGGUUAUUUGCUAGAGGGACAUAUUCAGCUAGAUCCAAGUUUGUUGACGAUGACAACAAGUUGUAUUUGGAGAUCAACUACACUUUUGAUAUUCGGAAGGAAUGGCUUUAGGAGGAGUCAACUCACCUCUCCAUGAUUGAUGUUUAAUCCAUAGUCAUUGUUAUUUGUGCUGAAAUCGCCUUCAGUGUUUUAUUGUUUCUUCUUCAUAGUUUAUUUAUCUCUACUCGUGUCUGAAACUAGUUUAUCUUAGCAAUAACAAAAGUAUUUAGUUUGGAGGAAGAAAUUGAUAUUCAUUUGGCGGAUAAUUUUGUCAACAUGUAGUUUGCCUCUUUUGAUGCACAAUUAUGCUCUGUUUAUUUUCA